AUGCGUAUGUUAAUAUUUUUAUCCAUAAUUAUUUUAUUUUUUAUUAUUCAUAUUAAUGCUAAUACAUUUAAUGACACAGAAAUUACCUAUCCUCCAUAUUGGCAUAUAGCUCCUUCAUCUUUAUCAGAAUUUCCAUUAAUAAAUGAUUCAUUUUCUCAAUAUCGAUUAAUCGAUCCAUGGUUUUAUCCUCAUAGACUUGGUCUAUAUAAAAUUUUAAUUAAUGUAACUACACCUUUCAUGCCAUUUUGUUCUUCAUCGAAUGCAUCAAAUAUUCUCUUUGCAUUACCAUCACAAUUCGGUUGGCAAUUUAGUUCAAAUCGACUAUUUACAAAUGGUACUAUGAAUAUUUCAACAAAUAGUUGGUGGGCAUCAGCUAACUAUUAUCUAUCAGUCAUACCAUUUUUAGUCGCUGUCGAUAUUGGUCUUAUACAUAAAGAACCAUUUCGAAUACUUCGACAAAAUAAUUUUUGUUCAAGUUCUACAGAAUGUUUUCGUCAAAUUCCGCAUGCAAUGGAACAAUGGUAUCUUUUCUUUCUUCAUCUUACACAAUCAGCAUCAUGUAUAUCAAAUAAAAAACUAACUCAACGUAUUAUUGAGAAAUGUUAUUUACAACACAUAUGGACAGCAUAUAAAAGUUCAAUUUAUAAUGCUUUACCAUUAGUUGAAUCGAAAUUGGAUUAUUUACCAUCGGAAGUUGAAAAAUUAUUUGGUCUUGGAUGGGCAAGAUUUAUAAAUUUAAUUUCGAUGACAAGAAAAAAUACAGAUUUAUAUGAAACAAUUCGAAAUCAACGAAAAUUUUUACCAUUUCGAAUGUUAAAAGAAUCUGAUCGAAAACCAGAAUCGAAUGAUUUACCAGAUUUAGUUAAUAGAUCAUUAAAAAAUCUUCUUUCAUUUCGUUUUGAUUGGUUAUUAUUUAUUGAAAAAAUAUGGUCUAGAAUAACAUGUAAUUAUGAAGGAAGAAUCUAUGCUCAAUAUACAUUAGAAACGAUGGCUUUAUCAAAAUUACUUGCUUCAACAUAUUUAGCGAAAGCUAUAAUGAAUGCAUUUUUAUAUAAAUGUGAUCGUUUAUCAAAUCUUUAA